AUGCCUGGUCUAUACGUCGAGCCCGUCAAACCCCAAUCCGGCUUCCCAUUUAACCCUAACCCAUACCAUCAACAACAUACGCCCCUAUUCAAUCGCGAUUUUACACCUAGAUACUUAUACCGUCUUGUUGCUCCCCAGACGGUGGGUUCAACCACAGCCUCAACCGCCGUCCCCCCAACUCGCAUCCAACUUCAAACCGAUAUCUUCCAUCUCCCGACCCAGAAAGCAGCUGCCCUUCUCCUCAACCAUCUCCUGUGGGAACGCGGCCACGAGAAUGGCUGCAACCUCAUGAGCUGGACCAGCUCUCUUCUAUUCGCCCUCCAAUACGCACUCUAUCGCCACCGGAAGGACGGCGACGACCUUGGCCAGAUCCAGCUUAUAGUCCUAGACACCACGCUGUUCGCACGAGGCACUUUCAUGCAGGACAUGGAAAUAAUGCGUUCCUUCGCGGACAGUGACCGGCGCCUGCAGAAAUUCGUCGAGUUCCGAGAAUCAGAAUACUAUUUCGGCGAGUACAUCACCCAAGGCAGACUCGAGAUCCAGGACCGGUGUGUAUGCACCUCUGUGCAGAAAAUGAUUGACCUGGGCCUCUUCCAGCUGCAGCCACUGCUUGCAGAUCGGACCCAGUGGCAAUGGUGGCCCAAGCGGGUCCUUGCCUUUCGAGAACAGUUUACCAGUGAGAAGGUAGUGCCUACUCCGGAUUCUGAUGUUGAAAUUGCCGUCAAUAUAGCCAGACAGUGUUUUGGUGGACAGUGGGCUGUCCCCGUGGCGAUUAUGCUGCUUGCGCUGUUGCCACGUAAGGUGGAUGAUACGACUCUUAUGGAAGGCUUCAAAGCCCGAUUCACUGCUGCUGAUAUUCGGCGUGCCCGGUUGGAUCGUAUGAAGGUGGAUAGCACACGUCUUCCGGAGGUUGGCCAGUUCAAGGAUCUUCUACAGUCUCUUCAGCGUAAUUGCGUGGACUCUGAAUAUAACAGUCUUGCUGCCCAUGUCCAGGCAUUACAGGUGUGA